CCGAACGCCUUACGGAGGUAAAAACCCGCAGUCCGACUCCGACUGUAGUCGAUCCGGAUCAAACAUGAAGUGGGUUCGGUCUUUCCGUCUGACGGUGGGACUGUGGCGGCGGAAAGCAACAAACUUUUGCCCUGCAGGUCGAACCGGGUUCGAACAGCCGAACCAACGACACUUCUGCAGCACUCGGCCAGUCUCCCAAACCACACUGGACCCCAGUGAGGUGAAGAAGUUCCAGUCACUGUCCAGGAGGUGGUGGGACGAACAGGGAGAAUUUGCAGCUCUUCACACCAUGAAUGACCUGAGGGUGCCGUUUGUACGAGAUAAUCUGCUGAGUUUGCACAGCAGCCAUCGGCCUGGAAAACCACUGACAGGCCUCAGAAUCCUGGACGUGGGCUGUGGAGGCGGCCUGCUCACAGAGCCCCUUGCUCGCCUGGGAGCUCAGGUUUUGGGCAUCGACCCCGUCAAUGACAGCAUUCUCACAGCACGCUUACACUCUUCCCGUGAUCCUGAGCUGAGCAGCCGACUCCGCUAUCUGACCUGCACUCUGGAGGAGCUGUCAGCAGGAGGGGAGGCGGAGCCAGGGGAGCGCCAGUUUGAUGCCGUUGUGGCGUCCGAGGUGGUGGAACAUCUGGCCGACUUGGAUGCAUUUGCCUGCUGCUGUGGCACAGUGCUAAAGCCCGGCGGCUCAGUCUUCAUCACAACCAUCAGUCAAACCACCAUGUCAUACCUGCUGGGGAUCGUCAUGGCUGAGCAGGUGCUGCGUAUCGUUCCAGGCGGGAUGCACGAGUGGGAAAAAUUUAUCACUCCCACGGAACUGGAGCGCCUCCUCGAGUCCAAUGGUUUUUCCGUGCAGUCAGUCCAGGGGAUGCUGUACAACCCGCUGUCAGGCAGCUGGAGCUGGACGAGCAGUACCGCUGUCAACUACGCGCUCCAUGCCAUCAGAAUGAGGGACGGGCCCCAGACGGACGGCGCACACAGCUGAGCCCGGCAGACGGAACGAUCCAGCCAGACGUGUCGGGUCUGAGCGUUUCGGGUGAGACGGAGGUUAUUGAUGAUGAUGAUCAGUGAGGAGGUGGAUUGUUGCUUCUGCCAGCAGAAUGCCACGACCGUGCCACAGUCAGCACGGUCGUCAGCUUUGACUCAAACCCUCGUAGUUUUUCAGAAUGUUUGCAGUUAAAUCUGUUGCAUUUCCUAAAACAGUGAUGUUGGCAUUAUUUGUGUGUGGUUGGUUUUGUGUAAUCUGCACACUUGAGAGAGACACACACACACACACACACACACACAUACUCUGGGAAGUCGUGGAAGUAUUUUAAUUUCACCUUUAUUUAGCCAGGUUAGUCCCAUUGAGACCGAGACUUUUUAUAAGGGAGACCUGGACAGUUAUAAAGUCUCCAGUCCACCAAACCUGUGUGUCUUUAAAUGUGGGAGGAAACUGGAGCACCCGGAGGAAA